GCGAAAGUCACGGGACUACUUUCAGUGUUGGCGGGCGCGGCCAUCUUAGAUAAUAGUGUAUUUUGUCCUCUUGUGCAUCGAGUCCAAAAUCCCUAUUCAUCCACCAUGUCGGAAAGGGAGGAUAAUGUGUACAAGGCUAAAUUGGCUGAACAGGCCGAAAGAUACGAUGAAAUGGUUGACGCCAUGAAGAAGGUGGCCUCCCUUGAUGUGGAGCUCACUGUUGAGGAGCGCAACCUCCUCUCAGUGGCAUACAAGAAUGUUAUCGGUGCCCGACGAGCCUCCUGGAGGAUAAUCAGUUCAAUUGAGCAGAAGGAGGAAAACAAGGGUGCUGAAGACAAACUGGAGAUGAUUAAAACUUACCGCUCACAGGUGGAGAAGGAGCUUCGUGAUAUCUGCUCAGACAUUCUUGGUGUGCUUGACAAGCAUUUAAUUCCUUGUGCCUCAACUGGUGAAUCCAAAGUCUUCUACUACAAAAUGAAGGGAGAUUACCACCGAUAUUUGGCGGAGUUCGCUGUAGGCAAUGACAGGAAAGAAGCUGCUGAAAAUUCAUUAGUUGCAUACAAAGCAGCUAGUGACAUUGCAAUGGUUGAACUUCCACCUACACACCCAAUUAGACUGGGAUUGGCCCUCAAUUUCUCGGUGUUCUACUAUGAAAUCCUCAAUUCUCCUGACCGAGCAUGUCGCUUGGCUAAGGCAGCAUUUGAUGAUGCAAUUGCUGAGUUGGACACAUUAUCAGAGGAGAGUUACAAGGACUCAACCCUUAUCAUGCAGCUGCUCAGAGACAACCUUACCUUGUGGACCUCAGACAUGCAGGGAGAUGGUGAGCAACCCACAGAGGAAUCAGCCCAAUGUGAAACUGAAACUAAGGAACAACUGCAGGAUGUUGAAGAUCAGGACGUGUCAUAAUUCUGUGACUGAACACACAAAUCGAACAAGCGUUUAAAAUGAAGCACGUAACAUCAUCUUGUGUGUAUGACUUAAGUGGAAUGUGGUAGAACUAGUGACUACCAUAUUGUGCGCCUGUGGUCUGUGUGAAACGUAUUACCGCCAUCAAGCCCAGCUUUGAAGGGCUUCGGAAGGACUUGGACUUCUUUAUUAUUUUGUUUUCCCGGGAGGGGGUUGUAACUGUCUGCCAAUAUUCGACUCAAAUUCCAACUUCAAUCCUAGGGGCUGUCAUUGCCGGACUUGGGUAUUUGUGCUGUUAAUUUGAUUUUAAUUUAGGCUUUUAAAAAUUAUGGUGGCUUUCAGCAGUGUGAAAUUCAAACCUCAAUUUUGUAUUUAUUAAAUAAAUAAAUUAAACAAACUCAAAUUUAAUUUUAUGGGCCAUUUAUUAAUAAAUAUACUAAGCUGAGGCCUUCUGAGAAGAAAGAAGAAUCUGGGAAGUUGCAUUGGUUUUCUGUGGGAAUGGCAUGCUGGGCUUAUGUGUCUGUAUCCUUAGCAUAAGUUUCCUGGAAGCAUAAACUGCUCCAGUUGCUCUUCCUUUUCAGGAGACUUCUGUUUGUUUUCAUUAUGCCCUAUGUAUUUGAGGUCUUUUGUUGAGCUAAUGUGCAAUCUGUUGGAAAAUGAAUGAUAAAUGAGUGGAUCAAGUUUUUUCUGCAAUGCAGACAGUUCAAGUAUCCCCUUAUUUGGAGUUGGUCCAUUCUGUGAUAUAAUUUGCUAAAAGUGAGAUUUUAAAAAAUUAUUUUAAAUGGUGUCUCAUCUCAUGACAUUGCUUCACAUGCAUUUAUUUUGAUCAAGUGGUGGCCCUCUCAGUUUCUGUAAUCUGUCUUUGUCACAUAUUUUAACACAAUAGUCUUCUUGUGUGAUAUUGGUAAGCUCUUAAGGAGGGUAGAGUGAUAAUUUCAGUCAAACAAUUUGGUCUGAAAUUGUCACAUUAGGGUGAGGUUUAAAGAGUUCUAUCUGUAUGCAACAUUGAAGCCCCCUUUCUGGUAAAACUUAAGAAAAUAAUGAAAUUGUACUUACGGCAUCUAAAUUUUAAAAAUGAAAGUAUAUGUACUCUGGUAGUCUCUGAAGUUGUUACUCUCACCGGCCUAUACUUUUGAACUCAAAACAUAAAAUAAAAUUGUUAAGGGGGCUUUAAGAAUCAAUGGGGUCAUGUGGGCUUUCAAAAAUGUUCCAUUAUAUGCUUUCAAUAAGUUAUGCUACAGACUCCAGACAUUAAGUUUUAUAUUAAAUGACUUGUAGAGCGCUCUACCCUCCUUAUUUAUGCUUUUCUUCCACUUUGUUAGCUCCAAGUCCAGCAAAAUAAAAAGAAUGGAGUCGCUUAAAAGAAUCUUUUUCCUGUUGAAUUCCAGGAGUAAUUUAGGAUGGCCUGACUUUUUCUUCGCUUAUUGGAUUCUAGUUGAUUCUCUUCGAGAAUGAAUCAUUCCAUCACAUUUACUGUGAAGUAUUACAGAUGCUGCCCACCCCACUCUACCUCACCCUACCUCUCCCUUCCCUACUUUUCCCCUUUUCCCUUGUUUACCUUAUCUCCCAUUUAGAAUGUGGGGUUUGUAAUGAAUCAUAAUUAUUUAUUGGUACUUAAAGCCAGCAACCCAGUUAAGAUUGACUUAUUAUUUGGCCGAAGCCAGUACAAUCUGACUUACCUGGUAGUUAAGCUGUAAUCUGUAGAGGUUAGUUCUGUAAUGCACCUUUGUGAAACCUAAGUCUCCUAUCAAUUGGAACUUUUAUCUUUUUUUUUUUUCUUUUUUCAAAUGGUCUGCAUUUUCAAUCUUGGCGCCGUUUCAUAGGAGGUGUUGUUUGGUUCUCUUGUGCAAGUGCUGGCCGUUCCUCCUGGCCUGGCACAAGAAAUGAUAUUGGCAUGUUGAAAGUAGCUUGAGAAAAUCAAAUUAAAAUUAACUUGACAUUGAAGUGUGAUAGGCAUGCUAUAAGCAUGUUUUGGUACACAUUUCCUGUACUCAUUUCCACUUUUUCAACCUUGUAGCAUUUUCAAUCUCAGCUAUUAGAUUUUCUUAGCACAGUGUGGCGUGCUCAUGCAGGAAGCCUCUGUUGUUGGCUACUAAGCAACAGCACAAUCCCGGAGUAGCUGGGAACAGGCUCUUUGUGUGUGAGCCCUACAAUACGGAAUCAUGCGCCUCUUUGUUACCAUCUGAUAAAUAAAUUGUGUCCAGUGUUCUUGUAGUCUGGUUAUUAUUGAUCUCAAGGUUUCCUUCGUUGCUUUCUUGCAUUUAAUGUCGGUGAAUUUUUGAAAUUAUCCUGCUCAUUAUGUACAUGCAAGUUUUCCAUGAAGGAAUUCUACCACUGGUUGAGGUAGCCUCUGGACCAGACCAAUGUAAAUUAGCUCCAAUUGUGUGGAAGUAAAACUGGGGCUAUCAUCCAAGUGCUUUUGUGAAGUAAGCUGUCGCAUUUGCCCUCAUCAAAGUUUGUUUUGCUCUGAACCAUAAAUUUAUUCAUAACAAAAUAAACCAUGUAAUUGUUCUGUGUUUUUAACUUUUCUAAAGAAUAAAAUUAUCUUCUUUCCUGUGAAA